AAUGGAAUGAUGAAUCAUUCUCUGUUUUCUUCCAAUGUUUCAGCUUUUCUUGGGUCCAAUGCAACGUGUAACUUCACUACCUGCUUGGAUCAGGCCAAAGAGAAGAAAUACAAGUUUGUUCUGGGAGUGUUCAUGAUUUUUUGUAUGUUCCUUGGCAUCUGGUUCAAUGGCAUCAUCAUUAUACUAACAAUCAGACACAAAUUUCUGAGGAUUCCUAUUAAUUAUGCUAUGGUGAACCUGUCAGUUGCAGACAUGUUCAGCAUAGUCAUUGGACUCUGUCCCACCAUGGAUGCUAAUCUGAAAGGAUAUUACUUCCAAAGCAAGUCAUUCUGCACCUUCCAGGGCUUCUGUAUUACUCUAUUUGGGCUGGUGGCCCUUUGGUCGGUUGUGGUGUGUGCUGUGGAGAGGUACCUGGUGGUGUGCAGGCCGUUCAAAGCUCUCCACUUUGGGAAGAGACAUGCUGUGCUGGCUCUCCUAUUUAUCUGGCUGUGGUCUGUGAUGUGGACUAUCCCACCACUUUUUGGCUGGAGUAGCUACGAUCUGGAAAGUAUUGCCUCAAACUGUGCCCUGGCAUGGCACAGGAAAGACUGGAAGAGCCGCAGUUACCACUUGUCUCUCUUCUUUUGCUCUUUUCUGGUUCCCUUUAUCCUUAUUUCCUUGUCUUAUGGCAAGCUCAUCUUCACCCUCAGAAAGGUGGCCAAAAAUGGCUUGGUCCAAAGUAAUUCAACUCAGAGGGCAGAGUCCCAGGUGACCAAAACAGCUGCCAUUAUGAUCCUAGCCUUUCUUCUCAGCUGGAUGCCUUAUGCAGUCUUUGCUCUGACCAAUGUGAUGAAACCAGAAGUGACUAUGGACCCAAAAACUCAGAGCAUUCCUCUAUUCAUGGCUAAAACAGGAACCGUAUACAACCCAGUGAUUUAUGUCUGUCUGAACAAACAGUAUCGAGAACAAGUUGCAGCCUCCUUGCAAUGCCUACAGAAAUGUUGGAUCGUGCCCAGUAGGCACCAGGGGCCAAAUGCUUGGACUCUUGCUCUGAAGAGACUACAAAAUAAACAUCUCAGCUCCAAUACAAACAGAAUAGCUCCUGAGAACGAAUUGAACAUCAGCAAGAACCUCCUCUUGCCAAACAUGACCUACUCUGAUGAUUCGUCCUCGCAAUAA